CUGGGAAGUGCCUUUCUUGCGUUACAAUGUCAGUCAUAUGGGAGAGAGGUAAAUUAUACAUCGUUCUGAAUAGAAAGCUGACAGUGAAUCCGAGAUAUAUCGGGGAUGAUUACAUCUUCAGAAUGCACACGUCAUGGUCAUACAAGAUGGAAGAAAAAGGAAACAGUUGAGUGUCGCUAUAUAACGGAACAUGCGCAGAGGAACACAUCAGUAUCCCUGUGACUCAUUGAAGAAGCAACGGGAAAUGGGAUCUUUUGUCACAACUAUGAAGAUUCUGAUUCUGCUGUGUCUGUUCGUUAUAUCCAGUUGUUCAACUACGCCCAAACCCAACAGCCUGAUUUCAACACAAACGACAACCACUGAAGAAACUUCUACAGACUCAGAACUUAUAAAUAUUAAACACGAUCAAAAGACAGCUGACAUUACAGAUGGCGACAUUGUUACGAUAGAUGAAGAUGAGAUCGAGUCUAGUAAACGUAAGAGAACGAUCGAUCAAAACUUGGGUUACGGUUACAACGACAUUGCAGGUAGAACGAGACAAACCGACCAAUCGAUUCAGAAUUUCGGUACGUAUUUCCCACAAAACUCACAGCAGCCAACUCACCAGCCAGUUCGCUAUUAUUCACCCGGCAGUGCUACCAACCGGCUUCAGCAGCACGUGGACAACGGCCAUCGACCCGCGUCAAGCUUCAACAACCACGCGAACACUCAAGAAUCUGAGUACCUCGCUAAGUCCCCUACUUACCGUGGACCCGCUGCCGUGUCCGGAUCCUUACCUACCAAAGGUGCGCCUGUCUUCUCAACCCCUCGUUCACCCCAUCCAUUUUAUCUUUUCCCAGGGUCACCACCACAAGCCCCAGCGUUCUUCACUGGACAUUCUCUGACAUCACCACAUAACCCUUUCGCUGAUGUCACAUCCCACAACACGCAGAAUCCUUUCUUACCAGUUGGAAACUUCCAUGGGGGUCCACUGCUAUAUCAGCAUCCUGGUAGUAGCGGAGUGGCAUUUUUGCAAAAUCCUUCAGGAUAUUUUGGUCCACAAAUUGUGCCAGUGAUAAUCCUCCGCGUAACAAAUGACGCAAAUGGUAACAACGCCUUCCAUCAUCAGAGCGCUGUUUCUCCUUCUCUUAUUCAGACAGGUAUGCAUGGUCUCAACCUACAAACACUGCUAUAUCCUGUUCAACAGUUCCAUACGCCACAACAGAAUGUGUUUCCUCGAUAUUAUGCCACACAUAAUGACCCUGCCUCCCAGCAGUUAGUCCAGAAUGGCUAUCAAAGCGGCGAGACUCCAAAAACACACUACGUCCAACCCCCUGCAACAACAGCGACUCAGAUCCCACAACAGAAAAUCUCUUACGUGCAACAGAAUACGCCUUUGACACCAACACCGUCCCCAGAUUCGACACAGAAACUUAGGAAGACUGAUGUCAACGAGACAGGGCCGCUGAAUGAGUAUAAAUAUGAGUACAAAGACAAAGUUUGAAUUCAGCAUCACGCCGUCUACAUGAUAGACAUAAAUAUUUCAAUGCAAUGUUAAAAGCUUAGAAGAUUUUUCUGAGAAAAUUUGUUCAUAGCAGAACUUAAAUCACGCUGAAAGCCUCCAGCUACCUUCGUUUGAAGAAGGAAGACUUCAGAAUAUUCCAUAUAUUGUGUAUUCGAAUGAUCGAUUGAAGUCUUUGUCGACAGGAUGUAACUUUUUAAUUGUGUGUGUAUCUAUUGGCACUUUGCCAUCGUCUCAAGUAACCUUCUGGAGCUUGUAAAGAAGAAGACGAUUUGCGCAGUGUGUUCAAAUCGCAGACUAAAGCAGAUGCGGCAACUGUCAUGUUCUGUUCCAUAAUUUUAUCACGAUCUAGAACGGUAACAAAGGGCCAGUAGAACCAGAACAGAACUAGGAAUUGUUGCAACAUGCAAUAAUACUUGAUUUAAACUUUCCUGUACAGUUUAUUUUUGCUAUAAGUAGCGUAUGAACACUGUUCUGAAGUUAAAUAAGUUUCAACAAUUCAUACAUUCCAAUAAUUCACACCAGGACAAUUUCUAAAAUAAAUUUAUUUUCCAGAAGAAACAAGGGUUUAAUUGUAAUGGCCAAGUGAAAUACAAUUAUAACAAUGGUUUCUAUUGCUAUGUAAAUCCGAUUCAUUUUUAACAGAUCUACAGUAAAGCUGUUGCCAAUUACGAAAUACGAACAAAGCAAACCGCGUGGCGUGAAGGUAAUUCAGAGCAGUUUCUUGUUAUCUGCCAUCUAAUUUUAACUGUGUAUGAUCACGGUGGUGUUUUGCGUCUACGAGAGCAUUCUUCGUUAGGCUGGGUUUAUAUCCAGGUUAGUAUAGUCUCGUUAAAGAUGUACCGUCUGUAACUAACCCCACCAAACCAGGCCAAACCGGUAGAUCCAAACAGCAUUGUUACUUUUCUGUUAGUAUUAAAUUAAGAAAUCUUAAAUUAAUGUUGACGACAUAAAAGUGCCUAAAAGCUUUGCUUAUCAAGGGUUCACGUUUUGUAUGGGAUCAAAAAUCCAAUAAAGAAAUCGUCAAAAUUUUUCACAAAUAUAAUUUCGAGCAAUAUUCAAUGUCAGCUAACAUGGUUUGUUUUGAUCUGUACCAACUCUUAUACUUUAAAACAAAAGAUCAAUUAAUAGAAUCAAAAUAAAGACUAACCAAGCAACAUUAGUAUAAAAUGUCUCCAAGUCACCAAACGUUAAAAAUUUGACUAACAUUGAACAUCCAAUGGAUAAAAGAUACAAAUAUCCAUGAAAAGUUUUACUUGAAACCAAAUAAAUAAACACUACAAAAGAACAGAAUAAGAAAUUCGUCAGAAGACGGUAACUGCAUGUUUCAAUGCGACAGCAGAAUAUCGUAGUCUAUUUUACAUGCCAUUCUAAAACCGAGAAGUAAAAGGACUUUUUAUUACAACAAUGUAACAAUGUAGAUGAUAAGCAGUUUUAAUUUCAAUAAAAUGUUUGUUAUUGUUCUUGUAUGAA